AUGCUCGCAAAGGUGAUUGCAAAACAGACAUUGACUGGUUUGUCCUUUCUCCACAAGCAUAACAUCGCACAUGCAGAACCCAACCUACCUGCCUACCUAGUCAGACCCGCUUCCUACCCAAUCAAUAUCAAAUCUUCCUUUGACACCAUCAAAAUUGUCCAUUUUGGCCAAUCUUUCUUCAAUAACGAUAGUCCCGGAGCCUUUCAUACCCCACUCUACUAUCGCGCUCCUGAGAUUAUCUUCAACGACAACGUGGAUCAUCGCAUUCUUGUGAGUCAAAUGCUCGAGAUGAGUGGCGAUACUAUACCGGACCGUUGGCAAAAGCAAUGGCAUGCUAUGAAUUCAAAACAACUGCGCGAUUAUGAGCAUCGGUCGCUUCAGAGUGGGUUCGAGGAAGUGUAUUUUGACGAAGAGAAGAAACAAGAUGUGAGUAGGGAAGAUAUUAUACGUGUCGGGGUGCUAGUCAGUAGCAUGAUACGAUUGGAGCCGUCCGUCAGGGCAUCGGUAAACACCGUGCUGCAAGACGCUUGGUUCCAGGCGUCUUGA